GUUGCAAAACUUAAAUGUAAGAAACGUUAUUCAACUAAAGUUAUGAUUACAAAGAACUUUUCGAAUGUGUUAAAUUGAUUGUAUUAGUAUCUGCCGGCAGCAGGAUAAUGGAAUUUGCGUCAUUACGUCAUUGUGAAUGACGUCAUUACGGCAGGACGUAAAAGAACUGGUGAACUGGAUUUUUGAACUGGUUCAUUAAAUCGAACUGUCCGAAAGAACCGGUUCGCGGAAAAGAACCGAACUUCCCAUCACUAUUCUGAGGAGAAAAAUGCCGCGAAACUUUCCCGCGGCAGUGAAGAAGAGGUGGAGUCACGAGAUUUCUCAGCCAGUUGAAGUGUCCAAUGGGGUUAAGAGUUUUGCGCUCGAGCUAUUUUCAAGACUUUAGAUUGGUUAAUGACUUGCAAAAAUAACAGACUGACCAAUAGCAUCGAUAUGUGAAAAAAUAUGAAAUAGACCAAAUUUGGACAUCGGAGGUUAUAGACACCAAAGAUGCCAAAAAAGAAACACAAGAAAAAAGGUUGUGAGGUUUUCAUGACAAACAAAGCUUGGACCAAACAGUCCACAGUGACAUUCAGUGAUGUUGGGGUUGAUUCAGCAAAACUAACGGAGUUGUGUAAAUUACUCAUCCAUAUGCGUCAUCCUAAAGUGUAUCAGCAGCUAGGAGUGGUGCCUCCACGAGGUUUCCUUCUUCAUGGGCCACCUGGCUGUGGGAAAACCCUCCUCGCUCAAGCUGUUGCUGGGGAAAUGAAGCGGCCCAUAUUGAAGGUCUAUGCUCCAGAGCUGCGCAUCUCGGGGGAAUCAGAGCAGAAACUACGUGAGCUGUUUGAGCAAGCUGUGAGCUGUGCUCCCUGUAUUCUGUUCAUUGAUGAGAUUGACGCCAUCACCCCAAAGAGAGAGGUGGCCUCAGAGGACAUGGAGAGAAUUGUUGCUCAGUUACUCACCUGCAUGGAUGACUUGAAUUCCUCACACAUCCAAGCUCAGGUGUUGGUUAUUGGCGCCACCAACCGGCCCGAUUCCUUAGAUCCAGAGUUGAGAAGGGCGGGCCGUUUCGAAAGAGAAAUCGGUCUGGGAAUGCCAGACAAAAGAGUGCGUAUCAAAAUUCUUCGUAUUCUUUGUCGGAAGCUGAAGCUGGCAGAAGACUUUGAUUUUGCACAGCUGGCAUGGCUCACACCUGGAUAUGUCGGUGCAGAUCUGAUGGCACUGUGCCGCGAGGCAGCCAUGACUGCUGUAAACCGACUCCUGCUGCUGCAGCUCGAAACUGGCACCAAGUGUCAGAACAUCAAUGAUGUAAGUACCAAGUCCCAGGAUGUAAGCAUGUCCAGUGAUGUGGCAGAAGACAGUGGACAGGCUUCUGAUCAUUUAAGUGCAAAAGAGGGGGAGCUAGAACAACUGCUCUCUCUGCUGAGAAACAGCGAAUCUCCAAGUGAGGAACAGCUUGCUGAUCUCUGCAUCAUCUUGGAUGAUUUCAAGGAGUCUUUGGCACGGGUCCAACCGUUUGCCAAACGGGAAGGUUUCGCCACUGUGCCUGAUGUCACCUGGGAUGAUGUCGGUGCACUGCAAGGCAUUCGCGAGGAACUCACCAUGGCCAUCUUGGCUCCUAUACGCAGUCCAGAGCGGUUCAAAGCCCUGGGAUUGAGUGCCCCUGCUGGAGUACUGCUUGCUGGACCUCCAGGCUGCGGCAAGACUCUUCUUGCCAAAGCUGUUGCCAACGAGUCAGGUAUAAAUUUCAUAUCGGUCAAGGGCCCCGAGCUACUGAACAUGUAUGUUGGUGAAAGUGAACGGGCAGUUCGCCAGGUGUUCCAGAGAGGGAAAAACGCUGCCCCCUGUGUCAUCUUUUUUGAUGAGAUUGAUGCCCUUUGCCCCAAACGUUCUGCCGAUGAAGAUACGCCACCAUGAAGACCACAACAAGCUGUCAAGGUAGAAGACCAAGGCUUUUUGAAGAAAAACAGCCAUUGCACAAGCUUUGGGCCAAACCAAUACAACAGGUUGGAAAUCAAACAAGAGGAGAUGAUUAGAAACAUUGUGCGAGAUUGUAAAGUAAAACCCAGAAACAACAAUGAUGUCACUAACAACUUCCACAUGGCAGUGGUGAAGGUAUCACAACACACCUUUCUAUAAAGACUUCAAGAGCAGAAAUAUAAAGACCAUAGCACACAUCAGUAAUAAUCAGAAGACCAGAUUGGAAUUCACAAAGAAACACAGAGCCUCUACAAAUUGAUGGAAAGCCUGUAGUGUGGAGAGAAAAAGGGGUCUGCUCAUGAUCCAAAAGAAUAUCUCAUCAGUCAAGAGUCAUGGCUUGAGCUCACAUGGCUGCUGCUGGUAAUUAAUGAUUAUUAAUCAUUAUUGAUUAUGAUGGGUGCAGUAGAAUGAAUUCAGGAAGCUUACAGAAACAUUGUCUGUCAGUUUACAGUGAAUUGUGUGGAUUUUACCCUGUUGGUCAUCAUUUCACAUCCUGAAGAGGAGACUGAAAGGAGAAACCCCCUGAAACAUCUUGUUGGCUUGAUGCAAUUAUUGCCAUUGAAAAAAAACACAAAUAUUACGUGUUACUUUCUUUAAUAGAUCAUUUACUUUUGCUCACCCAAAGGUGCCAUGUUUUAAUUUGUUUAACACAUUUAGAUAUAAAAAUUAAGAAAUUAAUGUAUAAAUGUUCUAAGGUCUUAAAUUCAUCUUGUCCCUAAAAUCCAAAUCCUUAGUGUAUUUGAGAAACAAAAGAACGGACCUUGGCGUUCCAAUACAUUUGGAGGGGACAGUAUGUGUUAUCACAGCCAUUUGUGGCCAUACAUUCUCUUCCCUGUCAAUAACAGCAACAACAGCCAAAAGCAGCUGCCUGUGAGCUUGUGGAAGUGGAAGAGGGCAGAUCAUUCUUUCCUCCGUCUGUUACACUGCCCAGUGACUGAGAAUAAGCAGCAAAGAUGUUCAGUGUUUUGCUGGCUUCAUGUGUCUUGAGGAAGCAUGUGUUAACAUCCAGUCUUUCCCAGCUGGUAGCUGUUGGGGGAAAAAUAUGAAGAAAAUGGGAGAGGGAAAUGUGGCAAGAAGUGAGUUACUGUGGCUGGUACGUUGCAGUGUUUACAUCUGCAUUCAGCCACGUGUAAAUGUCCAGAUAUUCAUGUCAGCCCACAGCAUUUGCCUGAGCUGACCCAGCAAUGCCCUUGCUCAAAUACCUUCUCUGAGCUAUCAAACAGUGCGUCAAUAAAGGUUUAUUUCACAUUAUGUCUUAGUCUGAAAGUCUUUAGUGUCUUUCAGCUCAGACAAGGGUUAAAACAAUGGGAGCUGUUUAAGUUGAGGAAGCAGGAUAGGAUUAACCCUGAUUGGUCAGUCACUGUGCCAGGUACACACACAAUAUGAAGCAACUUUUGAGGUGAUGAAACUAUUUUUUACACAGGGUUGAUGAGUAGCUAGCUAGACAUAUUCUUUGUGUCUUCUUUAACUUGAAAAUAAAUGUUCCUCAUGUGUUCUUAUGGAAAUCUUUCCUACAUUACCGUAUAGCUCACAUUUACAGUAUAAUCUUCACUUCUG